UGUUCGGGUGGGCUUUAUUGUCCUUUUUUGUUUUUUGUUUUUUUGGGCCGCAUUAAGGAGAGGAUGGGGAAGCGGCCACCCGUGGUAAUUCCACUUCGUCUCUUUCCAUUCCCCAGUCCCAAAUCUGAAGAACUCCGCACGGGAAGAAGAGACGCCGAGCUCCAAGGCUUCUUCAACGAACAGAUUGCUUGUUACUACACGACCAACGAGAGAGGAAGGCCGACGCUGCUUGUGGAAACCCAAUGUAAAUAUAUCUUUUCGUCAUCAACGUCGACGCCAAUGAUUACUCAUCAUUAUCCCGAAAUCCUUUUUCUUCAGAAGUAUACAAGAGAUGAUUUGCAGAAUUUGUCUGAGCCCUUGCAACCGCAAGAGCAAGGGAAGCGGCAUCAGCAUGUAUCUCUGGAAGGAGUUCAAAAAUGCAUGGGUGGCGAGAUGGGGUGUAGUUGCAUGUCCGGCAGUAGGCACGCGGCGGAAGUCGCUGGCGACAUGAUGCUUGGCCACGCCGGCAUGCCUCCAGGCUCCUUGAGCCCAAAUCAACCCCCGUUGCACAUGACGACGAGUCCAAAUCGAGCAGUGGUUCUCAAUUUCUUGGCUAGGGUUUGUGAUUUUGUUGCGAAAUAACUUCUAACGGGAGUUGCAAGUUUUUGAGGGGCUGAUUUUGUGUUUUUUGCGCGAGUUUUGUACCUCCUGAUGCGAAAUGGAGGAACGAUUUUUGAUACGCGGGGUUGAUAUGCAAGUUGUCUAGGACCAGGUGGGAGAUUUUGUGGGGGGAUGGUGGUCAAGUGUGACACGUUUCAUAUGCCUGGUAGUGGUGAGCUGUAUGUAUUUGUAGUAGUAGUAGCAGCUGUUUUGAGAACCGAACCGGAUUAUAUUUGGUGCACUUGGGUUCAUUGCUAAACUGAGCAGCUAGAGACAUUUUUUAGUUAGUUUGAUUGUAAGCUUUUGUACGGGUCAUUAAUGUUUGAUGGACUUCCACUUUGGAAUUUAUUUUCUCACAACCAUAUUGCAUGACCAUGUUCAAAUUUGAAUUGAAUUGCGGCUGCUAAAAUCCAUCCAAAACCUGAUGCACGUAGGCAUGAAUUAGGAUUUGAACGGCUCAAUGAUGAUUUUGUUUAGAGUAGGUUCAUGUGUGUGUGCGCGCGCUAUAUGAUUUUGCUGUUCUUUUUUUCCUGUUUUCUAACACAAGCAAACACUAAAGUUUUGUGUAUUCCUGAAGUAGAGUUGAGAACAUGUCAGCUAAAUACAGUGGAUCACAACAUACUCUCGGGAAUAUACGAGGAACCGUGAGCUUUUUUUCUGUUAAAGUUCAUUUCUAAUGGUUUUGUUGUCAGACUUUUUGUGAAGUUUCUAAUGGUUUUGUUGUCAGACUUUUUGUCUAACCGUUAGCCUGGAUGUUCCGCAGGAAGAUUCCAUUUGUUGAAGCGACCUUGACAAGUCCGAGCUCUUUUUUGCAUGAGUAGCUGGUGAGGUUUGUUUGUCCUGUGUAACCUAAUAAAAAGUUUUCUGACAACCAACAUGUGGCAUAUUACCUGUAUUAUUUUAACUGUUUUCAAGUUUUGUUGUCGUGAAUUCCAUUAUUACCUGCAUUUUGUUCAUGUGAUAUAUGCUGGUGGCUCUAUAUUUUUUUUGCGGCUAAAACCGUUGAUGAAAGGAGCUAAAACUGUCUGAUUUGCCAACAUUUUCGAAGUACCUUUGGUCAUCGCGUCUAAACUUGACAAUGAAAGUGGCUAUAAUGUUUGCCCGGUUCUUAGCCUUAGUUUUCUGCCUUUUUUAUGUUGUCCAGUGCCAUUGUUUACAACACUAAUGUCUUAUAUACAUUUGUGAAUACAUCAACGCACGGGCACUGACAUGGAUGAUGAAGGAAGGGCCCUGAACACGACAGAGACAAUAGAAAUGCAGAGGGCAGAGAUCAGUGUCUUGAAGAUCCAGAGUUAGAAGAGAGACGAUAUCAUGUAGAAACCGCGUCACGUUUUGCUUUUAUGAAGAAGUUGCUACAUUGGUUUGUAACCUUUUUCUGUAGAUAGUGAUCUUUUUUUUCCCGAGUUCUAGUUGAUACAGGAAAUUAACUAGCUAGCAUAGAAAGUUAACUAGCUACGUCCCCGUGGCUCUGUACUCUUUGCUGACCUUUUAACUAGCUAAUACACGAAGUUUGUUAACUAUAUCUAAUUAAUACAGGGCAGUUAACUAUCAAA